UCUUCUUCUUCUUCAUCAUCUUCUUCUUCUGCAGUGUGAAUUUGCAAACCCUGCUUCAUUUCUUCUUCUUCUGGUUUGCCAUGUGCAGUCUCAUUUCCAAGACACACUGCCAUUUUGGACAGCUUUCGUUGCCACCACUGCACAAAGGGAAAUUGGAAUAUGGAAUUGUGACGGUGAAGAUGCGAAGGAGGAGAUUGGAGGUGGUGUGUAAGGGUAUGUUGACACCCAGGAAGUUCAUGCAGAGGAGGAGGAAAAACACUGUAUUCAAGGAUGCUGCAGAUGAAGCUGAGAAGAAGAAUUGGUGGAAACUCAUGGAACAAAUUGACCAAGCAGGUUCUGCUGUUUCAGUUCUCUCUGAUGAGAAGUUGAAAAACCAGACUAUUCCUAAAGACCUUGUUAUUGGUACCUUGGUUAGAUUUAAACAGCUCAAAAAGUGGAACCUUGUCAUUGAGAUUCUGGAAUGGCUUCGGAAUCAAAGCUGGUGGGAUUUUGGUAAGAUGGAUUUCAUAAUGCUUAUCACUGGUUAUGGAAAGCUGGGAGACUUCAAUGGUGCUGAGAAGGUCUUAGCCUUGAUGAAUAAGAAUGGUUAUCCACCGAAUGUGGUGUCUCAGACUUCACUCAUGGAAGCAUAUGGAAAAGGAGGCAGAUAUAAUAAUGCUGAAGCGAUAUUUCGCAGGAUGCAGAAAUUUGGCCCUGAACCUUCGGCUGUAACUUAUCAGUUAAUACUUAAAACAUUUGUUCAGGGAGAUAAGUUUAAGGAAGCUGAAGAAGUGUUUGAGACUCUACUGGAUGACGAAAAGUCACCUUUGAAACCAGACCAAAAGAUGUUUAACAUGAUGAUUUAUAUGUAUAAGAAGGCUGGAAGUUAUGAUAAGGCUCGCAAGACAUUUGCACUGAUGGCUGAACGAGGAAUCGAACAAUCUACAGUUACAUAUAAUAGCUUGAUGUCAUUUGAAACAAAUUACAAGGAAGUUUCAAACAUAUAUGAUCAGAUGCAAAGAGCUGAUCUCAGACCGGACGUUGUGAGCUAUGCCUUACUCAUUAAUGCUUAUGGGAAGGCCAGGAGGGAGGAAGAAGCAUUAGCUGUAUUUGAAGAAAUGCUUGAUGCCGGUGUCAGACCAACUCGGAAGGCUUACAAUAUUUUACUUGAUGCAUUUUCUAUAUCGGGAAUGGUAGAGCAGGCUCGGACUGUGUUUAAAAGCAUGAGAAGGGAUAGAUUCAUGCCAGAUCUAUGCUCAUACACUACCAUGUUAUCAGCUUAUGUCAAUGCACCUGACAUGGAGGGUGCUGAGAAGUUUUUCAAAAGAUUGAUACAAGAUGGUUUAGAGCCUAAUGUGGUCACUUAUGGAGCCUUAAUUAAAGGAUAUGCUAAGGCAAACGAUCUUGAAAAGGUUGCGGAGAAGUAUGAGGAAAUGCUUGGGCGUGAUAUCAAGCCCAAUCAGACAAUUUUAACCACCAUCAUGGAUGCACAUGGAAAAAAUGGAGACUUUGGCAGUGCUGUUCAUUGGUUCAAGGAAAUGGAAUCAACUGGGUUUCCUCCUGAUCAGAAAGCCAAAAACGUCCUUCUAUCUUUGGCAACAACAGAUGAAGAAAAAGACGAGGCAAAUGAACUUGUGGGGCAACAUUUCAUUGAGAAUAACAAUUUACCUAAAGUUAAUGGUGCUGCUAGAUUUGAUGAUGAUGAUGAUGACGACGACGGCGGUGAUGAUGCAGAACAAAAUAAUGAUGAAGAUUUUGAUGUCCAGCUAGACAGUGCUUAUGAUGAAGAAUUUCAAGUCGUCUAAGAUAUAGACCUAAAACAAUUUUGUAUGCUUGCAAAUUUAGGUUCUUUGUAUUUUGUUGUACAACUAUAUUAUAUCAGCACGCAAUCAAAAUUAUUUAUUUUUGCCAUGAUAA